CAUCACCUCAUUUACAUAGGAGCGCCCAUAAAGCGGCGCCCGCCGCACCCCGCCCGACAACUCGGUGGUGGCCACUGCGCAGACCAGACUUCGCUCGUUUUCGUGCGCCUCGCUCCGCUUUUCCUCCGCAACCAUGUCUGACAAACCCGAUAUGGCUGAGAUCGAGAAAUUCGAUAAGUCGAAACUGAAGAAGACAGAGACGCAAGAGAAAAAUCCACUGCCUUCCAAAGAAACGAUUGAACAGGAGAAGCAAGCAGGCGAAUCGUAAUGAGGCGUGCGCCGCCAAUAUGCACUGUACAUUCCACAAGCAUUGCCUUCUUAUUUUACUUCUUUUAGCUGUUUAACUUUGUAAGAUGCAAAGAGGUUGGAUCAAGUUUAAAUGACUGUGCUGCCCCUUUCACAUCAAAGAACUACUGACAACGAAGGCCGCGCCUGCCUCUCCUAUCUGUCUUAUCUGGCUGGCAGGGAAGGAAAGAACUUGCAUGUUGGUGAAGGAAGAAGUGGGGUGGAAGAAGUGGGGGUGGGACGACAGUGAAAUCUAGAGUAAAACCAAGCUGGCCCAAGGUGUCCUGCAGGCUGUAAUGCAGUUUAAUCAGAGUGCCAUUUUUUUUUUUUGUUCAAAUGAUUUUAAUUAUCGGAAUGCACAAUUUUUUUAAUAUGCAAAUAAAAAGUUUAAAAACUUA